AUGGAUGAUUUCUUAAAUAUCUUUUGCCUUACAACCUUUUUAUUUGUUUGUUAUUUAAUUAACGAUUUGUCCAAAAUUGAAUCCGCUCAAGAAGUCUUCAACGAAUACCUAACUGAAGAGGAAUUUAUUUAUGAAAUAUAUUAUGAUGAAGAGUCGGUGGUGAAUAAAACAAAAGCCACAGUAAACGAAACGAGUAUCGCAGUAAAUGAGCCGAAUGACAACAAUAAUUUCCAAAAUCAUCAAUCAGAAGUAGAAAACAAAUUACUGAGUAAUUUUUCAUCAAAAGAAACAAAUGACGAUAAAUGGAAAAUAUUAGAAUUUAAAUUUGCUAACAUGACUUGUGAAGAAAAAUUUGACAAAAGAGGUUUAAUAUUACGUUUAGAUAUUAAAAGACUUAUAGAAAUAUUGGAAAAAAUUGAGCCAAAUUUAGUCAAUUCUUGGCUUCAAAACUUUAUUGAUAGUAUUGAUAUCAAUGAAAAUGAUAGCUUUUAUAAUACUAAAUUAAGAAUAAAGCAACUUGAAUAUAUUAUAUAUAAUGAAUUAAUUCCAAACCUAAUUAUAAAGUGCAUCAUGGGAGCUAUAGUGUGCACUUAG